GCGCCCAGCGUGCCGCGCGGCUCGGUCGCGCGUUACCAGUCCCACAAUGCCCUGCAGUCCCGCCCCUCUCUGCAGAGACCCCCCAGGACGACGUCGCGACCCCUGCCCGCGCACCGCCUGCUAGUCGGUGCGGCCUGCCGCCAUGCGGAGGGGCGAGCGCAGGGCCGUUGGGUGCUGGCGGCCCGGGUCUCCGCGGCCCGAGGGCCGCCGCAGUACUGAGUCUGAGGUCUACGACGACGGCACCAACACCUUCUUCUGGCGAGCCCACACCUUAACUGUGCUGUUCAUCCUCACCUGUGCACUGGGCUAUGUGACUCUCCUGGAAGAAACACCUCAGGACACAGCUUAUAACACCAAGAGAGGUAUUGUGGCCAGUAUUUUGGUUUUCUUAUGUUUUGGAGUCACACAAGCCAAAGAUGGGCCAUUUUCCAGACCUCAUCCAGCUUACUGGCGAUUUUGGCUCUGCGUUAGUGUGGUCUACGAGCUAUUUCUCAUCUUUAUCCUCUUUCAGACUGUACGUGAUGGCCGGCAGUUUCUAAAGUAUGUGGAUGCCAGGCUCGGGGUCCCACUGCCUGAGAGGGACUACGGGGGAAGCUGCCUCAUCUAUGAUCCAGACAACAAGACUGACCCCUUCCACAAUGUCUGGGACAAGCUGGACGGUUUUGUUCCUGCACAUUUCAUUGGCUGGUACUUGAAGACCCUCAUGAUCCGGGACUGGUGGAUGUGCAUGAUCAUCAGCGUGAUGUUCGAAUUCCUGGAGUAUAGCCUGGAGCACCAGCUGCCCAACUUCAGCGAGUGCUGGUGGGACCACUGGAUUAUGGACGUGCUGGUCUGCAAUGGGCUGGGCAUCUACUGUGGCAUGAAGACGCUUGAGUGGCUGUCUCUGAAGACAUACAAGUGGCAGGGCCUUUGGAACAUCCCCACCUACAAGGGCAAGAUGAAGCGCAUAGCCUUCCAGUUCACGCCCUACAGCUGGGUCCGCUUCGAGUGGAAGCCAGCCUCUAGCCUGCGCCGCUGGCUGGCCGUGUGUGGCAUCAUCCUGGUGUUCCUCCUGGCGGAGCUGAACACCUUCUACCUGAAGUUUGUGCUGUGGAUGCCCCCCGAGCACUACCUGGUCCUGCUGCGGCUGGUCUUCUUUGUGAAUGUGGGCGGUGUGGCCAUGCGUGAGAUCUAUGACUUCAUGGAUGAUUUGAAGCCCCACAGGAAGCUGGGCCAGCAGGCCUGGCUAGUGGCGGCCAUCACGGUCACCGAACUGCUCAUUGUGGUGAAGUACGACCCGCACACGCUCACCCUGUCCCUGCCUUUCUACAUCUCCCAGUGCUGGACGCUUGGCUCCGUCCUGGUGCUCACUUGGACCAUCUGGCGCUUCUUCCUACGGGACAUCACCUUGCGGUACAAGGAGACACGGAGGCAGAAGCAGCAGACCGACCAGGGCAGGGCAGUCAGCAACAGGGAUGAGCGCCCAGGGCUGGAUGAUGACCUGCUGGGGCCUGCAGCCUCUGAGAAGGAGGACUUCGCUGAGGAAGGUGCAGCAGCUGCCUCAUGAGCCCCAGCCCUCAUGCGGGCCUUGCUCUAGGGGCUCUCUCCCUCCUCUUGUGUUCUGUAUACUGUCCAUCCAAGUGUACAGACAUUGCACAGCUGAGCACAUGCACACGCGUGCAGGUACUCCUGGGGCUGCACCGGGACCAACAGCUGGUGGUGGUGGCUGGGCCUGGCCCUGGAGCAGGGUCCUGUCCUUCCCCUCCGCCUGCUGGCCAGGGCCUUUACCCACAGACUGCCCAGUGCCUAGCCGCAGCC